AUGAGAAACAAUACCAGCAGCAGUGAAUGCCCAAAUGCCGAUAGAAUUCUUGCUAAACGCUACAAAAAACGAUUUGGAAUUGAAGAUGAAUGGGAAAAAUUAGAAGAAGAGAGAGAAAGACUUAAAAGUUCAAAAUAUGCUGUUGGAAGGGGUAAAAAGGUUUAUGUUUCUCGAAGUAAAAGAUUGAUGGAAGAACAAAGUCAGCAGCCUUCAACUUCAUCGAGUACGAGUGGAAGUAAUUUGUUGAGUGGGCUUGUUUCUAAUUCUUCAAAUCAAACGGCUGGUAGAGGAAGGGGAAAUUUGGUAAAUUUGUUUAAGUUUUUUAAAUUGAAAUUACUAUUAAAGAAAAUCCCAAAAAUUUUAAAUAUUUCUGCAGAAAUUUAUGUAAUUUUAAAUUUUAUGAUUCGAAUUUUUUAAGUAAAAAAGGGGUCUCUGAAUGAAUAACAUCCUUAUUUGAGGAUGUCCUAUGGAAAUGGAUUGAGAUUUAGGAAGGAAAAAGUCGGCCAUUAUUAAACUUUUGAGGGG